AUGACCCCCUCAAUGGAGCUAGUCUACUUCAGUGUACGUUCGCGCGGAGAAACGGCAAGAUUAAUGUUUCAUUAUACUGGCACACCUUUCAAAGACACGCAAAUUGAUUAUUACAAGGAAUGGCCAAGUAUUAAGCAAGAUACUUCUAGUAGGUUUCGGAAAGAAAGUUCUUGCUAUUUUUUGUUUUGUAAAGAAAGUUUUUGCUAUUUUUUGUUUUGUAAAGAAAGUUCUUACCAUUUUAUGUUUUGUAAAAAAAGUUCUUGAUAUUUUAAGUUUUGUAAAGAAAGUUCUUGCCAUUUUAUGUUUUGUAAAGAAAUUUCUUGCCAUUUUUUGUUUUGUAAAGAAAGUCUUUGCUAUUUUUCUUUGAUAUUUCAGGAUUUCCAAACAAUCAAUUACCAGUGCUGUAUAUCGAUGGUGUUUUACUACCUGAAAGUCAUGUUAUUAACCGUUAUUUGGCUAGACAACUUGGCCUAGAUGGUGGUCCAGACCCAGUACAAAUCGCAUUGUUAGACUAUGCUUAUGAGGCUUGUAGACAAUAUGUUGACAGUGUACAACCUUACUACUACGUUGGUACUGGGACGCGUCAGGGGGAUCUGGUGGGUUUGUUAAAUGUUGAGUAGGGUAAGGGAGGGUAGGGUAUGACUUAGGUAGAGUAAAUUAGGGAAGACAAGUAUAAGACAGGCUAAGCUAGAGUAAGUAAAAUUAGGUUGUGGCUUGGGUAAGACUAAAAAAAUGGCAUGAAGUAGGCUCAGGACAAGGGUAGGGUAAGGUACAACUGAUUCAGAAUAAAGGUAAGGUACAGUACGUCAAGAAGCCAAGCCGAGCCAAACUUGUGUCUAAUAGGUCUCUUUUGACGCCUAUAAUAAAGUAAAAGUUCACCUAUGUUUGUACCAAGCUUUUCAAUAUUAAUAUGGCUAAAAAUGAAACAACUUGUCUUUUCAGGCCGAGCUCCUCAAGACCAACUUCAUUCCAAACUGUCAAAGCCAACUGCCAAGAAUUAUCAGUCUGAUCAAAUCGAAUGGAUUUUUCAGUGAAAAAGGCGUUUCUUAUGUUGACUUUUACAUUUCCAACUACAUUCACACCUAUUUGAAGAUAGCUGAAGAAGAGGUCAAGAAGUAUCCAGAGAUGGUGGCACACCGAGAUCGAGUCUUUGCAUUGCCCCAAAUUCAAGAGUACUUGAAGCAGAGAAAUGACACUAUUUGUUAA